CAAUCGCUAAGCACAAAUAGUUAUUUCUCUCACAAAAGCUUCGUCUAAAUAAAUAACAAAACGAAUUAAAUUGCGUGAAGCUCCUUACAUUCUAAGUAUAGCUUUUCAUACAUUGCUCUUCGCUUAUCAGGAGAGAGUAUACAAGAGAUGAUAAGAAAUAUUCAAAAUAAGGUUUUUUGAGCCACAGUCUUUAAUCAGAGCUGGAACUAAUUUCCAAUAUCAGUCAUACGGAGCUUGAUACACGUUAAUUCGCAUUUGCUGGUCGAUGAGUGCAGGUCAACACAUCGUCUCGCACAUAGGACUGGUUUUUUGGGUUUUAAGUUUCUAGUUUCUCCUGGAGCUUGUUAGCAUUUCAAGAUUCCCACUAUGAGCUGCCUGUCGCGUUUUCGCCUAAUCACUUUCGAUGUUCAUAACACGUUGCUACAAAUUCGGUCGGCGCCUGGCAAGAAGUAUGGAGAACUUGGAGCAAUGUUUGGAAUUAGUAACAAUAAGAAUCAACUGGUGGCCAAUUAUGUACAAAGUUGGCAUAAAAUGAACCGGUUGCAUCCGAAUUUUGGACUGAAGACGAAAAUCGGAUACAGACAAUGGUGGCAAAUGAUGAUUGGAGGUAUUUUCAACGAAAAUGGAACAAACAACAUUCCAGAGGAUAAGAUCGACCAGAUGACAGAACAUUUUAUGGAAUUCUUCAAAACCAGUGGUUUUUGGCAGCAUUGUUAUGGUUCGGUUGACUUCCUGAACUAUUUGAAACUUCAACGGCACAACGAUUCACAGGGCAGAAAGGAACCACCCUUUAAGCUGGGCGUUAUAUCCAAUUUUGAUCCCAGGCUUGAUGUUCUGCUCAGGAAUAUGAAGCUAAAUCAUUAUUUUGAUUUUGUGCUUAAUUCCUAUGAUGUCGGAUACAUGAAACCAUCGAAGGAAAUUUUUGCUGCUGCCAUGAAAGCUUCCGAAUUGAAGGAUCUUAAACCGCAAGAGUGCUUGCACAUCGGAGCGACACCGGCUACCGAUUAUUUCGGAGCCCGACAUGCUGGCUGGUAUGGAUUGCUAGUGCAUGAAAAAUCCGCAGAUGAACUGUCUCGAAAAUACGGACAAACGGUAGAUGAUAAUCACGUGUACUCUAGUCUAUUUGAUAUUCAUAAAAAGAUUUCAAACGAUUAUAUGAAAUGGUAAAUAUAUGUUAUGGUGGACGAUAUAA